UAGUACGGUGGAAAUCUUCUUAUAAAACAACACGAGAAUGGUUUUUAGGUGAGAAGGCUUCUGUGCAUUGCUACUAAUCGCACAUAAAAAACACGGAGAUGAAAGCCCCAAGCGCAGCGCUUGCUUUGACCGUUGUCGUGACAGCGCUGGUGGCCCAUGUUGGAGCCCAAUAUGACGAUAGCGACUAUCGUGAUAACUAUGAGGACUGUGACGAUGACGAUGACAACUGUGACUUACAGAAGACAACCUACCCCGGCGGUAAUCCUCCCCUUCUGAAGGGAAUAGGCGAGAUAUGCGGCGCUUACAGCGAGUGCCAGGAUCACCUGUGCUGUUUGCAGUCAUACGACGGCAGAACCACUUGUCAGCCUAAAUCGGAACCCGGUCACUGGUGUUCGGAUGAACAAGUCAAGGACGGAGUAAAUAUAAAUCUGUGUCCAUGCCUACAAGGUACGUGCAAGGAUAACAUCUGCUCCCUUUGAGGCUUGAAUGAACGUCGAGAUCCCCAUGGAAAAUAUUUUAAGGCGUUCCAUGUUUGUCCUGAGGAAUCAAGAGGUGUUAUUCUUACAAGAAAUUUUAAUUUAAACGCCUGUCACAAGUCCGACGCUAAUAAAAUCCUUGGUAUAU